UGAAAUUAUCGAAAUUUUCAAGGCAAAAAUAGCCAUAAACAGGAACCGUACUUAACAUGGAAGCAAUUUGGGCAAGGCGAUCUCUAUAUUAGUUCUUACUGCCACCUCCUACGUAUAUAAAACAUGAUAAGACGUCUUCACUAGCAGUACUACCCGAAGACAUCGCGCUUGCACCAUCGGGUGUGAAAAUCAGACGUCGUACAAGCAGAUCCCGCUUAAAUAAGCAAAAAAAAACAAAGACAAUAUGCUGAGCUCCGUGAUCCUAGCCCUAUCCUGCCUGUCACUGGCGAUGGCUGAUCUUCCCGUUGGAAGGACUCUAGCUGUCCCGGACUUAAACCUGUGCAACCAGAGGGUUAUCCAUGAGGUAGGACCCAAUGGUAAGGGAUAUUUCUUCAGCUGGAGGGACCCUUCAUUGAAAGACGUACAACAAGACUGGCUGUCGGCUAGAAACUACUGCAGGAGACAUUGCAUGGAGACUGUAUCUUUGGAGACUUCCGUGGAGAAUGAAUGGAUCAAGGAACGUCUUGUUAGAGAUAAUGUUAAGUACAUCUGGACUUCCGGUAGAAAAUGUGACUUUCCCGGUUGCAAUCGUGCUGAUUUGGUACCAAAUGAAACACACGGAUGGUUCUGGACUGGUUCUUUGGAGAAACUGGCACCCACAACCCAGAGAGACCAAAACGAUUGGUCAGAGAAUGGUGGUAUUGGAAAACCACAGCCUGACAAUAGAGAAGCCCAACAAGGAGGUGCUCAAGAAAACUGUUUGGCAGUACUCAACCAGUUCUACAACGACGGUGUCAACUGGCAUGACGUCGCCUGUCAUCACGUCAAACCUUGGGUGUGCGAAGAGAACGAAGAACUCGUCAAAUUCUCCCAAUACGUCCAUUAGUUUCUGUUUUUAGAUUUAUUUGUAAUUUAUUAUUUAGUUUUAAAUAAAAAUCGAUACUUACUGCCAA